UAUCCCGCUUUUGCAGUGUUAGAAAUGCAGACUCUGUAUUACGUCGGUUAAUUUGAGGCGCUGUAAGGAGUACAACUGUUUCACACAGAGUUAUCGUCGGAAACUUCCGGUUCGUUCUUCUCGCCAUUUUGUAGAACGUCCAUUGAAGGUCAAUGUCGAAUGCCAUCAUGUCGGAUGAGAAGUAUAAUCUUUGGACUGCUCCCUUUGAUGCUAGGUUCCCCAACCAGAACCAAACUAGGAAUUGCUGGCAAAACUAUGUAGAUUUCCACCGAUGCCACAAGAUCAAGGGUGAGGACUAUGCACCAUGUGACUACUUCAAGAAGGUCUACCAGACAAUGUGCCCUUCUAGAUGGACUGACAAGUGGGAUGACCAGAGAGCUAAUGGUUCGUUCGCAGGCAAGAUUUAACCAAGGGAACAUCUAGGUCAAUACCCCAUCAUUGUGUGUACACACACAAGCGUUUCCAGCUGUUUAAGAAGCUAAUGUUGUUCAGGAUAUGUGGAUAUGAAUGUCAUAGUGUGUUGAGAGAUAUUUAAAUAACAAAAUAUUUUAGUUCUUAUCUGGCCACUGGAAUUCUUGAUACAGGCCAUCACGUGACAUCAAUUGUGUAUAUGGAUGGUGUCAAUAAAAAAUUUCCAGUGUA